GCCGAAAUGAUUUUGAACUUUAGGUGGAUAGAAUGAAAGUGUGUAUAUGCCUGACUGAUUCAUAGCUUGGCCUGUUGUCGAAUUAGCCACGAAUUCACUUUAUCGUUGGCGAUACGUCGUAAUUCAUAACACGAGAGUCCACUCUUCACUUAAAUAACCAACUGUCCUAAUGGCUUUGCGGAAUUAGCGAUCUCGGUAGCUCAACUUAAGGGCAAUGUCGAAUUUAAGCGACAUUACUCAACAAAUUUACUGGAUCCAUGACUAGGUGAUGGAGGCAAAUAGCUUGUCUUGGAUGUCUGAUGUCGAUCGGAAAUUAGAUCUUCUUCAUCACACCAACACUAACAUGACUAAUGGACAAUUCGCAACUUUUCUUCUGUCCAAACAUGCUUUUGAAUAAAUGCGGACAUUUUGCAAUUUACCGCCAUGGCGGCUAACAGCACUGACCUGAAUACCUGGUAUACUGCCAGUCAGGAAUGGACUCAUGAAACAGCAAGUGAGGAGUACGCCUUUGAUUUCAAACAGAGGAUAGGCGUUUCUGUUAUUUACUGUCUCAUUGUGUUAGUAGGUGUCACAGGAAAUGCUUGCGUCAUCUUGGCUGUACUGUUCUCAAGAAAGCUUCACACCCCCACCAACAUCCUGGUGGUAAAUCUCAGUGUAACCGACUUUAUUACCUGUUGGUCUCUUCUCAUCCAAAUCGUCGUUCUCUUGAACUCAGACCAUGUCCUCAGGUUGGUUCCGCGUCCUCUGUGCCUCCUGGCUAGCGGAGUCACCUUCGUAGGAACUACCUGUAGUCUGAUGACGCUGACACUGAUUGCCUUCAUGCGUUGGUACGUCAUAACCCACAGCAUCAGAGGUCAUACAGGACUCCACACUACUAGGAAGGUUGCAACAAUGGUAGUUUUUGUGUGGACUACCUCGUUGAUCGUAUCAUUGCUUCCACCCGGUCUAGGAAUAGGAACCCUGGGUUAUAGUAUCACCUAUAAGCAAUGUUGUACCGUAGAUGAUAAUCUUAUAGUCAAAUAUUACAGCAUGGUGCAAGGCUGCGGGUCCUUCAUCCUUGUGAUGCUUGCCGUUUACUUUUACACUUCUAUAUUCUUAUUCGUUUGCAAGAAUGACAGGAAGUUUACACAGAGGUUUAGCCAUGGGAACGACUCAUGUCGUGUCAAUGAAUUAAACUCUGACUUAAAGGAAGGAUCUAAGACAGAGGGGGAUACACAUUUUCCCACUCGCAGUCUUUCCUAUAUGGUGGAAAAUGGGCAUCAUCAACAAGAUCAAAGCGAGACAGAGCGUCGAAUGGUGGAGCAAUUUAGGAAGCGGGAGAUAAAGUUGACAAAGAACUUAUUUGUGGUGUUCUUCAUUUUUGUGGUGUGUUUAGUUCCUUUCUCCAUAAGCCUUGCCAUUCCUGGUGGAAGCAUCGUCAAUAUCUACUUCGCUGUCGUGGUAUAUUGUAACUCCUGUGUCAAUCCCUUAAUAUACUGCCUAAAACACGACCAGUUCAAAGAGGUUUUGAGGCCAUUGUUGAGAUGCAGGUGGUCCAAAAUUCCGCAGCCCACACAAUUCAUCAGGCACCUGUUUCCUUCAGAUCAACAUUCAGAAAUUAGCAACAUUUAUUCAUUAUCAGGAUAAAUAUUGUCGCAAACAAUCAUUCAUCUGUCACCCACGUAUGAUGCAAACAUGAUUUACUUCACCAGGCUUAGAUUGAUUUCUGACUUGAAAUCCUUAAAGCUUCGAUGACCGGUUUGCCAAGUUGAUCUUCAAGAUUUUAUUUUCUUAUUUUUUUGAUGGGACAAAAUAUCAAUGUUAAGAUAUUUAGACUUCAAUUAUCGUUAAAACAGGAAUAAAUGUUGUUUGGUAUAAAAUCCAUUAGUAAAGAAACAAAAGUACUCAACAUAUUGUACACAUGGAAGUGGAUAUCAACACAUUAUAAAUGUAGACUGUAGUUGAUUGAAGAAUUUGUAUUAUCCCAUCUCAAAAAUACCAUAGUUAACUCAAUUUAACGAAUAGUCUUGAGAAGGAAGUAAGACGAAUGUGAAAUUUGUAGGCAUAGUUUAUUUUCGCAUAUACAUGAAGUUGCGUUGAAACUGUAGAAAAUAUUCAAUAAAAUGUUUAACAUGGCACAUAAGGUAAAGCAUAAAACAAAGUAGC